UCCCUUGUUUCCUUCCUCUUUCUUCCCCUUUUCAUCAUCUCUCCGCCAAACCCCAACCAGACUUGCACUGCUUUCUUUAAGAACAGCUGCGAGUUCGAGCGAUAACACCGUACAAACCACCACCUAAGUGCACUGCCAUCUCGUCAUCAACAGCUCCCCUAACGCCAUCUCGACCCAACUUCAUCCUUUCCAACCGCCAUCAUGCGCAGCAAGUUCAAGGACGAGCACCCCUUCGAGAAGCGCAAGGCUGAGGCCGAGCGCAUUCGUCAGAAGUACUCUGACCGUAUUCCUGUUAUCUGCGAAAAGGUCGAAAAGAGCGACAUCGCUACGAUCGACAAGAAGAAGUACCUGGUCCCCGCCGACCUGACAGUAGGCCAAUUUGUCUACGUCAUCCGCAAGAGGAUCAAGCUUUCUCCCGAGAAGGCCAUCUUCAUCUUCGUAGAUGAGGUUUUACCCCCUACCGCUGCUCUCAUGAGCAGCAUCUAUGAAGAGCACAAGGACGAGGACGGCUUCCUAUACAUCACCUACUCUGGCGAGAACACCUUUGGUACCGCAUAAACACCGAGGCGAUACAGGGAACUUUCCAAGCCGAAUAUGGCUGAUGCAGGCGUUCUGGUAGUUGGGCUUUUACUCUUUUUCCGUUAGGGGAUAUCGGGAGCUUUGUUAUAUUGCGGAUACUUUUUUACUAAACAGACGAGCCGAGAUAAAAUAGAUGCCCAAGGCAUCUCAUCUCUAUGCUACCUUUGUCACGAGCCUUGACCUUAGAGGGGAAUUAUUUGGUGGCAUGGCGAAGGAGGCUUCAUUCAAUGACAUGUGGCUACAUGCGGCUGUUCACUUUUUAAUGUUUCAGCCCCUCCAGCGUGUGACUGCUGCUCCUACUUUUGCCCUUGCGCCUAUCUAUUUACUUGUUUUCUGCCUCAUAGUCGGUAGCGAAACAGAGAUUAAUAAUAGUGUUGUCCCUCCAAGACGUCAAUUCUUCACUCUACCUUGCUCUCAUGAUACGUCGUAGAAGGGAGAGUAAAAGUAAAAUGAGAUACUAUUGUUU